ACAUGUACGCAUCAUACUUUCACCCUUACAGUUUCUGUGGUGCAUUUGGAGUAAACUUCUCCAAUUUGUGGUUCAAUAGAAGAGGUUAUCAAAUUGAGCCAUUCUGUGAUCCUCCAAAGUCCACUUCAACUCACAUGGCAAACUUUGGAACUACUCAGAGAACACCAACCACAACACCUUCAUCUACAACUGACCCUUAUGAACCAAAAGGGCCUCACCAAAAGUUGUAUACUGACUUCAAAAUAUAUUGGCCCUUCAACAUGCCCUUGACUUCAGAAGCUGCAGCAAUUCGUGUGAUCAGAAACUUGGAAAAUCUUGGCUUAUACUACACACUCUUUGUGUGGAUCAUACUCUUCAUAGUCCUCAUUCCUCAGCGUAAGGUGUCCUUGAUCUUGUUGGUCAUCAUGACCUAUGUGACAGCCCUUUAUUGUUUGCUUCUAAGGGCAUACCCCAACUCCAUGUUGCUUCAUAGAAGCAUAGAUAAAAGGUUUGUGUUGGCUUUGCUAGUUAUUGCAACAAUAGUGCAGCUGAUUUUGACCGAGGCUGGGAUUCAUCUUGCUGUGACUUUGGCUUGUGCUGUGCCUUUGGUUUUGGUGCAUGCAGUUUUAUGGGUUAGUCACCAUGCCUUUGAGAUUGAGGAUGAUUCUUGUACCAAAGAAUUGGCUCCUCUUGUUGGCCAUAAUAGAUGCACAUGUUGUGGUGCCAAGGGUUUAGAGAGUGUUUAACGUUUGAUUUUCAGUUGUACAUAGUCUACUUCAUAGUUUUUAUUUGCCAUUGCAAUGGUGGUGGUUUUGAGGAUCAUUGCAAAUUAAAAGGAAAA